AUGGACACGUCCAACAUGCACAGAGUGAAAAGUCUCGGCAGUCAGGUGUCCUUCGAACUCCCCUCAGUUUUUAUGCCGAUUGGUCCCAGGUACUUUCGAGCUCGAAGAAGUAUGCGGCCAAAACAUUUUGCCGACAGUGUCUGGGAGGCGGUCGACACGAGCGAAGUGCUCAGGAAAUUUCCGCGUGUUGAGUUCGACUCCAUCUUCCGACUUACUAUCAUGACACUUGUGAGUAAGGUUAGAAGGGACAGGAGGAUACACUUCAACUCCACAGAAAGGACAAUAAUACUGCAAAUUUUCUUUCAGUUGACCAGGCGACAGCUGCGUUCUUUGACGCUGGCCGAAGUCCAGGAUUUUCUCUACGUGCAGUUUAACAUCACGCACCUGGUCACGCUGGUUCGUCUUGCUAGAGCAGCACAACUCCUACGCAGUGAGGCUAAAGGACCCUACAGACAGGGUGUUGGACCGCUCCAAUUUCUUCAGCUGCUGUCCACACUACUCCGGGGCAACCUGGACGAGCGUGCUGAGCUCGCUUUCUAUGCAAUGGACCUCGACGAUGAUGGACGACUUCGGACCUAUCCGGAGAUCUGGUCCCUGCUAAAGAAUACCUACGAUGCCAAAAUCGCGGCUGCGAACGCGGAAAUUGACCCAGAGGAGCCAGUGCGAGAAACAAUGAGGUUUUUCCAACUAAAAACAAAAAUUAUUGCGCACGCUAGCAUAGGCCUUUCAACCUUCAAAAAACUGGUGCGUCGGGAACCCUGGCUGAUAGAGUCCCUCCUACCGUGUAUGCCACACGAUCUAGAGAAUGUGGCCUUCCAGAGUAUAUUUACCUCAACUGCUCAAGUUCCAGUGAACGACCGUCGUGAUUCAAGCCUUCGUCGAAGCCGAAAAUCGUCGAUUUGGGAGGUUACCGCACAUUUUUUACAGAUGUUGUAA